UAUCAUGUGUAAUAUAUAAUUUUUAUAUUAAUUUUUUUCCUUUUCUUUUAUUAUUUAUCGUUUUCUAGACAUGCCGGACGAUCCUAAUAGUAAGCAGUCAAAGUUAUUGAGAUUUUCAAAGCUUAACUGCCUCUGGAAUCCAGAGGAAUCGAAAAAUCCCAAACUGUACGAUAGCUAUUCUUAUUUGGAUUUACACCUAAACCAAUUUCUAUCCAAUAUAACUGAAGACUACUCUUUUUUACCAAAUACUAUAUACAAACCAUCAAUCCACGUUUUUAUUAAUAACCGACUAGUAUACAAAACAAAGAUUUUAGAUUAUAAUAAUGAUUUAUUUGAUGAAUCUAUAAGAUUAAAGAUAUAUUCUCCAAAUACUACUGUAACACUUAAACUAUUUGAAUAUGAACAGUUUAAUACUACAAAUAGUGAUGAACUUAAUUUAAAACCUUCGCUAUAUUCCGAAAGGACAGAUUUACACCUUGUUUCAUGGGUGGAUUUGGAUAUUAGCCUCUUAAUUCCUGAGAGGGAUUAUAAAAUAAUUUGCUCAUUUAAGUCAAAUCCAGCCUUUAAUAGUUAUAAUCCUGGCGGUAUUUUAUAUUAUCCAACAGAGUCCAACAGGCCUUCAAUUUUAUUUAAAAGAGUUUGUGCAUCUUGUAAAGUCUGUUCACUAUUAUCUCACCUCUCAGUUGGUGACGAUGAUCAGUAUAAUACCAUAUUUAAAUACUUUGAUCACAAAUUUCAGGACUCAAAAUUUGACAACUCCGAUACCAAAGAUGAGUUAAAGAAUAAGGAAAAAUCAAGUGAUGAUGAGGAUUUAGAUGUUGUGGAGAUUAUAGAUAUGUCCUCACUAACUAAAAGGUCUAGAAAAGAGUCCUGCAAAUGCCUACAACUUAGGUAUAUACCACUAACUUUUAAGAAAAAAUUUGAAGUAUGCUUAAAAUGCCACGAUUAUGAAGUGUGCUGUGAUCACACACUAAGUAACUAUUACUUGUCGGUUAACUUUAAACUUAUCCCAUCAAGUGAUAAAAUCGAUUUUUCUACUGAACUUUUCUCCUGUUUACUCACGUCAAAACAGUCGAAACCCAAAUUUGAAGAUUUAGCAUCAAUCUUCGAACUUCUAUACCAAAAAUAUUAUUCUUUCGAGCUACUCUUCAAUCACGUAAACUGUAGUAAAGAGAAGGCGUUGUUAUUUUUUAAAAUUUCACUUCUAACCUUGGUUUUGGGUUCAAUUUUUGACAGAUUCCUAACAGUUUUCUUAUUUCUAAUGUCGGCCUUUUUCUUUGUCCUAAGAAUAACCUCAACAACCCAGUUUAAAAAAGACCAUGGAGAUAUAUUAUAUACUAGCAAGAAUUUAUAUUCACUGGAUCAAGGAGUUAGUAACUUAGUGAUGAAGUAUAUAGAAGAAGAUAUUAAGGAGAAACCCUUAAUAGUGAAUGGAAAAGUAUUUACAGUAGAUAAAAAGGCAGUAGAAAGGAAUAAUCUUAAUAUACCAGAACACCAAAUAGUUGACAAAACUAAAGUAUAUACAAAACCUUAUUCCUCAUAUAAAAGGUCAGAACAUAUAGCACUCAAGACUAUAUUUUACGCAAUUUCAGAAAGUAUACCCAAGAUAGUUAAAGUUGUUCUAUUAAAAAUAGAUGAAGUUUGUGAGCAUUUAAUAGUAUUUUUGAAUGGUGUGCUGGCUUUAACAAGGCUAUAUGGUCUAGAAUUAUCAUCCAUAUGUUUCUUUCUAGGGGCUACUUCACUGAAAUUCUAUAAACUUUACACUUUCAUUGUUAAGUUUUCGUUACUGCUGUUAUUAGUUGGAUCACUCGGGCAAGAUGUUAGUCAUGUAAAAUAUGCCACUAGAUUCUUAAGGAAUCUCUUUGUAUAUUUAGUACUAAGGGUUUAUAGAAAAGAGUGGUUUCUAAACACCUAAUCACAUUUAAUACCAAUUAAUUUAAUAAUAGUGAAAUAAACAUAAUAUUAGUGAAAUAAAUGCCAUGUUGGUUGUGUAUUUGGUAAAAUAUUAUUUCUUCUUUUGAGCUAAGUGUUCAAUAAAGAGUAAAUUUAGUUUAGUGGGAUCGGAAUCAUCUUUAAUAAUUUG